CGGUGAGUUUAGUUUGUCCAGCCGCUGGAGAGUCUGCGAGAACAGUCCCGUCUGAAUGAAGGUUACAGACACUCAGAGACAGAGCAGGAGGAAGCUAGACACAUCCUGAUCUGUGAAGAACAGACAGUCCUAACGCUAGGUAGUCUGCAGCUCGUGUUUAGAGGUUUCUCCGGACAACCAGACCUUGGCGAACAGGAGUUGCUGCUUUGAACUACAGAAGGUGUGAGGAAGAACAGGCCUGGAGAUAAGCAAACAGUGGUUACUAGGAGAAGGUGAAUGUCUUGUGUCACAAAGAGUGCCAUUAGCAGACUGCGACACCGAAAAAUUGGUUAUCUACGGCUUUCACUUUUUGUCUGAUGGGCUCAGCUGUGGCGAAUCUGAGCAGCCUUGUUCACCACUGGAUUUUGAUCUAUCCUUUUUGUCACUUUGACAAAAUUUACACCCAAUAAUACAUCCAUAAUCACUGCCAAGGCUCAAUAUUUUUGUAGAUCCUGUCGUCAUCUACCAGAUCAUCUUCUACUAGAACGACUUCUACCAGAACAACAUCUACCAGAGCGUGAAACGCUAAAAUCAACCUAGACUAAAUUUAUUCUUCUCUUUUAAUUCUACCAAACCCUCUCAUCUCAGCUGCCAAGACAACUAGAGCAAGGCAUCUCCUUUAAGAGUCACUCAGUGCUAACAAGACAGACGUAGGGAGGGAGUAAAAAGAAGAAGAGAAGAGGGAGGGUGGGUGGAGAGCCGGAGAGAAUUGGCGCUCAAGUGUGAGCGAGAGAGAGCACGCAGAACACAGCGUGCGAGUGUCUCCUCUAACCAUUGGCACUUUGAUACAUUUCAAAGCCUCGCACCUCGCACUCAAGCAUCUGACAGAACGCGGUUAGCAUCUGAGACUUGUACUCGAGCAGACGGCCAAACGAAUGGGCUUUUAUUUGAGGAGCAACAGUUCAGAAGAACUCGUCUGAGGCGGCUGUAAUUGAGGAUGAAUUUCUGAGAGACCUGCUGGGUAAGAAGGAUCCAAAUAGUGACUUAAGAUUUUACAGCAGUCCAGAAAGCCAAAAAGGAGAGUGGAAUUCACAAUGGAUGAAUGGAUUUACUAGGAUUUGUUGGCAGUACUGAUCUGUUUCUCAGUUUGUUGGUGCAUUUGGGUCUCUGAGAUUCUGCCUUAAGAGAACGAGCUUGUAAGUUCUGGUACAGGUCAGUUUCACGCUGGACCACGCAAACUAUCUGCAGGAGGUCUGGAGAGCAUGGGGAAAUCAAACAGCAAGCUCAAACCUGAGGUGGUGGAGGAACUAACCAGGAAGACCUACUUUACAGAGAAAGAAGUUCAGCAAUGGUACAAGGGCUUCAUAAAAGAUUGCCCGAGUGGUCAGCUUGAUGCUGCAGGUUUCCAGAAGAUCUAUAAACAGUUCUUCCCCUUCGGUGACCCCACCAAGUUCGCCUCAUUUGUCUUCAAUGUUUUUGAUGAGAACAAGGAUGGACGGAUUGAGUUCUCAGAGUUUAUUCAGGCCCUGUCUGUGACCUCACGUGGGACUUUGGAUGAAAAGCUCCGCUGGGCCUUCAAGCUUUAUGAUCUUGAUAACGAUGGCUAUAUCACACGUGAUGAAAUGCUCAAUAUCGUAGACGCAAUCUAUCAGAUGGUGGGAAACACAGUGGACCUUCCGGAAGAAGAAAACACGCCAGAGAAGAGAGUGGAUCGCAUUUUUGCCAUGAUGGAUAAAAAUGCUGAUGGGAAGCUGACCCUGCAGGAGUUCCAGGAGGGAUCGAAGGCAGAUCCCUCUAUUGUCCAAGCUCUGUCUCUCUAUGAUGGCCUUGUAUAGUAGCAGCUUGUCUUAAGGAUACAGGUACGACAAAGGAUCCAGUGCAGUGCCAUCCCACAAUGCCAUUCAAGGAGAUGAGUCUUCGUCGUUUGACCUCUCAUUCUGGACACUUAAGACUGAGAAGUCUCACCACAAGCAAAUCACAUUUCAGCAUACAAUGACAGAAAAGAAGAGCUUGUCAUCCUGAAACUUGUGUGUGUGUGUUUGUGCGCACGCGUGUGUGUGUGAAUGCUAAACUGCAGGAUCCCAUUGGAAUUACACCAGUGCUUGUUUUCUGCCGAACGAACGUACUGGAGACUAUAUGGAUGGCACUGAUUGUUAAAGAGAAGCAUGCUGAAAAACCUAAAUUAUAAAUGUAAAUAUGUGUAAACAUUUCAUAUUUUUUAAUCAUCCUUUGCUGGGAUAUUGUGGAUGUGCGCUUCAUAUAUAAUUUAAGAGACUGUUGAUAUUUCAUUUAUUUCUUGUUUACCUUAAAGUGUAUGGAUCGCAGCUGUUAUAAGCCUCAACGUUUCUGAAAGCCUCUUGGAAUGAAAGACUUUAAUCCUGUUUUGCUUGUGAACGGAGAUUAAUUCAUUAUAGUUGCGAUACACAGCUCCCAUUGUGAAGAGUGCACUGCCCAUUCAUUGCUGGCAAAAGUCAUUGCGAAGUCCUCAGGCUACUUCCUAAACAAGGCACUGUAACCAAGCAACAUGCUACACUGUUAUUCCUUGCACCUCAAAACUGAUGUAAGUACCUCUGUAAUGAAGAAACAAUUAGUCCACCAUCUGUCCCUAACUUAAACUGCACCUCUGCCUUUGUCUUUUCUUGUGUCGUUUUCCUGUCAAACAAAAGUCAUAGACUUGAACUAUGACAUUCUCCUCUCAAAGCAAGUAAUUGGAUAUGUGUCGGGCGGGUUUGAGUGGGACUCAUGCUUUAUCAGUUGCUCUCUAGCUGAUGAUUAAAUUUGAGUCACUGCAUAAUUGCCUCUAAUGUUAUUUGCCGUCGGUAAGUAAGAUGGAGGUUUUAAUAUCUGAUGUGUCCCCUCUUGAUAUUUCAACAAUGGCUGCUUCCAUUUUCAUCACUGUGUGGUAUGUGUAUUGCUGUGCUCAUAAUAGGACAGUGUUCCAUAGGCACACAGACCUUGUAUUUCAUCAGCACAAUGGAUUCGCUGGCACGCUUUCAAAACAGUUCGCUGUGGUCAAUGAAUCCCUGAAGUAAUCAAUUUUGUCAACCUAAAAGAGCAUACAUCAAAUUCACCAUACAAAACAUAUAAAAUAGACAUCUCAGUCUCCAUGUGUGCCAUUUUCAGAGACAAACGUUCAAACGUUUUCUUUUUCAAUUGAAUUCUGUUGUAUAAUACACUCUAUAUUCAUAAAUGAAUUCUGAAUGAAAAUGUAUCACAGUUUCCGCAAAAAUAUUAAGCAGCACAACUCUCUUCAACAUUCAUAACAAUAAGAAACGUUUUUUUGCACACCGAAUCAGAAUGAUUUCUGCAGGAUCAUGUGACACUGAAAAUUCAUCUUUGCCAUCCUAAGAAUAAAUUACAAUUUAUAAUACACUCAAAUGGACAAUUAUUUUAAAUUGUGAUAAUAUUUGACUUUUGUUUUUGUAUUUUUCAUCAAAUAAAUGCCACAUUGGUAAGCAAGAAAUAUCUGUAUAUAUGUAUAUAUAAUGUACUUAAAAUGUAUUUAAUGUAUGUAUUUAAAAUAUUAUUAAAAUGGUCUAUUAAAAUGUAUAUAUAUGAAAUUUAUUAUAUAAAAUGUAAAGCAUUAUUGUUAAGAAAAUAAUAUAUCAAAAUGUAAUAUUACAAUUAUUGUUGCUUUUAAGAAAUCAUGAGAGAAAAAAUAUGGAAAAAUAAA